CCUUGUUGGAACUGGAUCAAGAACAAUGACAAUUAUCAGAAUUAAAUCCUUGAAGGUCUAUGCAUUCGGUUUUUACAUUCAUCCAUAUGAUGUCUGUGAGAAAUUGGGUCUGAAGUAUGCUUCUAUUCCAGUUGGUGAAUUGAACAAGCACAAUAAGUUUUAUGAGGAUCUUCUCAGGGAGGAUAUUAAUAUGACUGUUAGGCUUGUGAUUAAUUGCAAUGGGAUCAAAAUCAGUACCGUUAAAGAUGCUUUUGAGAAAUCCCUUAGAGCCCGAUUAAUAAAAACAAACCCAGAAACCGACUACUGCUGCCUAACAACCUUUGGUUCUAUUUUCUCACAAGAUAUCCCUUUACGUUCGGGAACAACAAUUGACUUCCGCCGAACAGGUGAUGGACACCUGAUUACUGAAAUUGGAGGUAAUCAGAUUGGAGCAGUCCAUAGCAAAGAUCUGUGUAGGGCUUUCUUUGACAUGUACAUUGGAGAGGUUCCUGUGUGUGAGCAAACAAAAGCAGAGAUCGGGAAAAAUGUUGGACGUAUCAUAAGGAGGUGCUGAGGCUCUUUGUUUCCUGUGACCAUUGUCCCACUCUCUUAAGUGGACAAUUGGUGGCUGAUGUGGUGAAAUUUCGGAUGCCCAUUGCAAUAGAACUGCUAUUGAUUGAUGGUGCUCUUCAAACUCUUGCCAAUUGUAACUGCAGUCAUUUCAGCAGCCGAAAUCUUGCAGGACAUCGGUUAAUAUUCUGUGAAUUUGCAAGGGUAACCAGGGUUUAACGGUUGUCAGGAUUCAUUGAAGUAGGAUUAGCACCCAUGGUUCUGUGGUGGUGCAGGGAUCUGCAGCAGUUUUAUAGCCGUAUCUGCUAUCUUUAAUUGUAAUUUUUCUUCCAAAUAUUUGAUGGACAGAGGAACACUUUGUCUUCAUGCCGAUACGGCAACAUUUCUGAGAAAAAAACUUACUGUGCAUAAGCUUCUCAUUGUUGCAUUACUUCAUAAAUCAG